AUGGGGUCAUCUGGGUCAGGGAAAACUAUACUUUUUAUAUUCAAUUAUAAUACUUUUAAUACUAGCUUAUUUUAUUACUAUGAGAUUAUAAGUUGCCAAUUAAUAAUUAGGUUUUUUAAUGGGUAUCUAUUGUUUUAUGCCAUGCUCAGAUUCCCUGGUAGCAUUGAGGAAAAAUCUUUAAAAGUCCAAGAAAUUCUUGACGACUUAAAUAUAUCGAAUAUUGCUGACAAUUUAAUUGGAAACGAGAUAAUUAAAGGACUUUCAGGAGGAGAAAAGAAACGGCUCAGCAUUGGAAUGGAAUUGAUAACUGAUCCAUGCAUUCUCAUGCUUGAUGAACCUACAUCAGGAUUGGACAGCUAUAACGCAGAGCUAGUUAUUGAUUUAUUAAUAAAGCAAGCUUUAAAAGGCAGAACUAUAAUUUCUACAAUCCAUCAGCCAAGCUCCUCAAUUUUUAAAAAAUUCGACAAGCUUAUACUUUUAUUAGAAGGAAAUAUUAUCUAUCAAGGCUCUUGCAAAAAUUCAAGAAAAUAUUUCGCAGAAUUAGGAUACAAAUGCCCAAAAAGUGUUAAUCCAGCUGAUUUUUAUAUGAGAAUUUUUCACGUCUCAAAUAGAUUUGAUAUAACAGAAAAUGAGCAAGAAAUGAUGAAUUUAUUAUUUACGGCAUAUAGGGAAAAAUACCAUAAAGAACGACAGAGCUCUGAAUAUGAGCUUUCUGAGCUUCAUAAUAUUAAAGUUUAUUACCCUGGCAUAUGGGCAGAGUUUUAUGAACUGCUUAAAAGAGCUGCCAAAAAUGCAAGCAGGAAUAAAUUGUCAUUGAAACUUAGGCUUGCAAGCCAUCUGGGGUUUAGUGUGAUUGUGGCGCUAUUUUUUAAUGAUUUAGGAGAUAAUGUAAAAUCUAUACAAAAUCGAAAUGGGCUAAUUUAUCUUUUGGUUAUGUUUGCAGUAGUCCAAGGAAAUGGAACGACUGUGAAUAACUGUAAUUUUUAUAUAGUUCCAUUAGAAAGAGCUCCUUAUAUUAAAGAAAGAUCUCAAGGAUUAUAUGGGACAAUCCCUUAUUUUUUAGCGAAAAAUAUUGCAGAUUUGCCUUGGACUUUUAUUAUUGCGAUUAUGACAGCAGUUAUUGUUUAUUUUUCUGCAGGUCUUAAUAAUAAUGAUGGGUCAAAAUUUAUCAUAUUUUGUAAGUUUCAUAUAGAUAUUAUUUACUCCUUGCUAUUGCAAUGUGGAGUAGGACUGGGCUGCAUAAUUGGAGCAAUUUUUUCUCGAUCUGAAAAUGCAAUGGCUUUUAGCUCAAUUUUAGUACUGCCAUUAGUGGCUUUUGGUGGAGAAUAUGUGAAACUUGAUAAUAUUCCUAUUUCUUUUAGAUGGAUUUCGUAUAUCACAGUAAAGAUUAUUUAGCCAUUUAAAUGGGGAUUUCAAGCUUUGGCUGCUAAUGAGUAUAAUGAUCUUGAUUUAUCGUGCGAACCAUCUUGCGAUCCUUUAGGAAGCUUGCUUCAACCUUAUGUGGGAGAGAAAUUUUUGCUUGUCCCAAAAGGAGCUCUUUUUCUUAGGUUUUUCCCAUGAAAUAUGGGAAGGGGUUGUAGGAGUCAUUGCAAUAAGUACGUGCACUCGUAUUAUUUCUUUCAUAAUUUUAAAAUUAAUGACAAAAACAAAGCUUGGAUAA